AUGAGCAGCCAGCGGGUUCCAAUAGAGCCACAGCGUGUUGACGCUCCGCUCACUGCAUCAGCCACUUUCCUUGUCGUAGCCGUAACCGACAAGCCGGAUGCCAUUGAGACAGUCCGUUCUACACUAUCAGGCCUAGACAGCCUGGCCAAAAAUGUCUCUAUCCGUGAUCUAAGUUCUCAAUUUGCCUGUACUGUCGGCAUAGGAAGUGGGAUCUGGGAUCGUUUGACAAGUCUCCCGCGGCCCUCUGAGCUGCACCCGUUUCGUGAAAUUCAAGGCGCCAAACAUACCGCAGUAUCUACACCCGGCGAUCUGCUUUUCCAUAUUAGAUCCGAGCGCCGAGAUAUCUGCUUCGAGUUUGAGCGUCAAUUGAUGGAUCAGCUCGGUGACGCAGUCUCCGUGGUGGAUGAAACAGUUGGGUUUCGUUACUUCGAUGUCCGCGAUCUUCUCGGAUUCGUGGACGGAACGGCAAAUCCUGUUGGUCCCGCGGUUCCGGAUUCCGUGCUCAUUGCAGAGGAAGAUACAUCUGCGUCUGGUGGCAGUUACAUCGUUGUACAAAAGUACACGCAUGAUCUACCUGGAUGGAAGGACCUUUCGACAGAACAACAGGAAAAAAUCAUCGGACGCACGAAGAUAGAUAAUGUAGAGUUGGACGAUGCGGAAUCUGGGCAACGCUCUCACAAAACACUCACCACGAUUGAAGAUGAGGAUGGCAAUGAGCAUGAUAUCCUCCGUGACAAUAUGCCAUUUGGGUCGCCCGGAUCCGGCCAGUUUGGGACUUACUUCAUUGGGUAUACUCGUCGUCUCUGGGUCAUUGAAAAAAUGUUGGAGCGGAUGUUUAUUGGGGAGCCUCCUGGCCUGCAUGAUCGAAUACUUGAUUUUUCGAAGCCCCUUACCGGGACAACAUUCUUUGCACCACCUGCCAGUUUGCUGGCUAAAUUAGGGUCCAAAUGA